AUGGCUUUUCUUUCUCUUGCCGACGGCAUUGCCGUCAUCUGCUUCCUCCCCUUCCUCCUUUUCCUCCUCCGCUUUCUGGGGGGCCGCAAGUUGCCCCAAGUGCUGGAUCAGGCCGCGCUCGCCUCGCAACACCCCCGUCGAGCCUCCCAGACUCUGUCGUCGCCGAAAAACGACGACAUGGCCCAGCUCCUCGCAAAAGUCGAGGGGCUGUGUGCCUACAUCAACCGCCUGGAAGCUGAUCGGGAUGGACUCCGUGACGCUUACCAGUUGGCGGAUGAGCGUUCGAGACGCGAAGAUGCGGCGAAGGUCAUCCGGGCCCGUUAUGACGAGCAAGCGGAGUGCGAGCUCCAGAAAGUCUGCGCAGGCUACGAGGCCAAGCUCCAUGGGGCAAUUCGCAGUCUGGAGGCGCGCCUUGCCUCAGACCGUCAGCGAAUCGUCGCCGACAAACAAGCAUCUGAGCGUGCUUGUGAAGAGCGCCUCCGCCACCUCGAGGAGGAGCACCGGGCGAUGAUUGGCUUUGCCGAAGUCAAGUACGCCGAGGUCGUGGGGGAGCGAAAUUACUAUCGUUCCCUCGCCAAGCAGGCUGAGAAGACGACCCAAUCUCUGGGGACUUCCGCCUGCCCAACGGCCUUAUCGACUAUUGAUGCCGAUGGUGACACUCGCAUGGGUGAUGCGGUGUCGGGUCAGCAUAUCUUCAUCUCGACAACAGAGAUGGAGGAGAUCACCGGACUGCGCGAACAAAACCGCCAGUUUGCGCGUGAAUAUGCUGGCCUCAAGGUCAAUAUCGCUCAGCUGCAGCUGGAGGGUGAGGAGCUCCUGAAGGAGAACCACCUGUUGCGGUCUGGGACUUUCGGGGCCAAUGCAGCCCAAUGGCAGGGUUCCCACGGGGUUCCUGCCCUUCAACGGGAGGAAGAAGGCCCUCUCGUAGCCCGUAUUGCCGAAGGUGUGCCCAUGAAGGGUGGUGAGGUACAUCAAGAGGUGGGCAUCCGCGGCGGAGCUGGUCUCCAGGUGAUCACCGGUCCCUCAAAGAGGAUCACACUCCCUGUACCGAACCAGCAGGAGUCAGCUACUGCCAGUGCCUCUCCUGCACUGUAA